AUGUUUUCGAACUUUAGCAGACGAUUUCCCUUGAAAAGAAUCAGGACUUCUCAGGUAGUCAUAUUUGCAAGGGAACUUUAUCAAUAGAUCGCCUUCUUUGUGCUUCUUCUUCCAAAUUAUACAACACUUUAUUAAACCGUGUGGUUUUCAAAAUUCUAAGGAUCUUAGUUACACAUUGACCUUUGUUUGUACUUGUAUUUAUAGACUUUCUUAAAGUCCAUUUUUUCCUGGCUAGUUAUUCCAUUUUAAAGGAAAAGCUCAGUCUUUCAUCUUAUAAUCUGAUAAGCUUAAGCUUAUAUAAUUUGCAUCUUUCUUUCGAACAGGCAUGUGUUAGAUUUUUAUGUCAGGCUGGUACCGAAAGUUUCACGAUUUGUAGUCAAGAAAAUGGGAUAAGGAGAAUCGUUUUAAACAACCCGUCAAAGAGGUAGGUACAUGAAAUAAGUGGAAUGUUUUUUAUCCUAACCCAUCCUUUCAAUGGCCCAUUUUUGGAACGAAAUCUAUGAAGAAUCUAGAAGUGAUUCUGACUCUUUUGACUCCAUUGCUUAUGACCUACAUGUACUGAAAACUAGAUUGUCUCGUUUAGGGGUCGCACGCGAAAAAUAUAAAAUUUAAUAUGUAUAUUGUCUUUGUUUCAACAUGGUCUCUUUUGGGGGUCAAAAAAAAGCUUGGGCCACGCCCAGAUCGGUUUCCUUUAGGGGUUUUAUUGAAAAUUUCCGACGAGCAUCCCCCCCCCCUUCAUAUGCGGAAUUCCCCGGGAAGUGGAUAUACUAAACCAAUUUGCAAGACGCGGUAUGGAGCAUUUUGACUGCUUAAUUUUGUCACUUUUGCUUCCCAUUCUGACACAGUUUUGUCUAGAUUAUAUACAAUGUCGGGGUAAAUAAAGUUUCUCUUAUUCAAUAUACUCAUGAAUACUCAACAGGUCAGAGGGAAAUGACAACAUUGUGACUCUCAAAUCUCUGCUAUGACUCCAAGUUUUGAUUAAAUUUAUUAGGACAAAGGUGCUCUUAUGACUCUGAUUGUGUCUGUGACUCUGACUCUGUAGUUUGUGCGAAUUAUAUCAGAACCAAAAAGGGACUAAAACUAAACUAAAGGGACUGAAACUAGCUGGCAUGUUUGAAUCCAUGUGUGUCGUUUUUAUUGCAGGUAAAUGUUUCGAGUAAGUUGAAUCAUGUUAAUGUUCUGAUUAUUUGUUUUACAGAAAUGCAUUUUGUUUAGGGAUGCUAGAUGCAAUUAAGUCCAAUUUACUCCAUGAUUUAGACUGUAAUGUAAAAGUGAUUGUUAUCUCUGCAAAUGGCAAAGUUUUUUCUUCUGGGCAUGAUCUUAAGGAACUGGUAAGACAAUCCCCUCUUAUCAAAGUGAAUAAUGAAUAUCAGUUGGCUUGAUAGCUCAAUUGUAGGAGCACUGUACCAGAGAUAAAGUCAUGGGUUUGAUCCUUUUCAAGCCUGAUUCUUAUUAGGCUUUUCUCCUGCAACUGCUUAAGUUAUCAUUCUUGUGCAUAACUUUAAUGCCCUUUACAUGUCAAAUAGCACCCUUUAGUCAAUAAAAUUGGUGUGGUCAGGUGGCAUGCAACCACUUCAUAGUUUGACACUUUUUUGCUCAUAAGUUUGAUACAUCAAAUGAAGAAUGAUCGUGGCAGUUGUCAAUGCAAUUUAUGCAAUCGCGUAAGAAGCCUGAAAAAAAUUCAGCACUUCAAGGGGGUUUGGACCCAUGACCUCGCGAUACUGGUGCAAUGCUCUAACCAACUGAGCUAUGAAGCCACAGAUUUUGGGAGCUGGUGAAUUAUAUGUUCAUAUGUUGCCGUGAAAGAGAUGAAUGUGAUGGAUUUAUAUGAAAAAAUUUUUUAUAUACAUCUGUCACAGUUUAAUGCAUGUAUCAUAAGAUUGUUAUUUAAUAGUACAGUCAGCAAAACAACCUAUCCAAUUAAAUACCAAAAAUUCUGAGUUUUCUCAGUCAAAGCAUUAACUGUCCAGAUCCUCAAGUAAGCAAUAACCUCUUGUAAGCUACCACCAAGCUUUGGCAAUUUGGGUGGUUUCUUAUGGCAACAUAUUAUUGCCGGUUAUGAAGUGUGACAUCGUUCCAGAUCUGAUAAUAAAAUGACCUGUUGGUUAGUGCGUUUUCCUGUGUGCUAUCCAAUCAAUUGAGUAAUUAAUUAAAGUUUUCAACUUUAACCCAACUCUUCAGUAGGGGUGAUGCCAAUUAAAAUUAUCAACAGGGCGACCAAUUUGUGCUGUUUGGUUGACCCUCCAACAACCCAAUUUGGUAUCAUUUUUUAUGUUAAAACUAUAAAUAAAAUGCCUCAUAAUAGAACUACCUUUGCAGUGUAUAUUCCUUUUUGUGGAUUUUGGAAAUGGCUCAAGAUAGAGGUUGACUUGGACAACCAAAAUAGUAGCCUCAGGUGCAAUUUGACAUAAAUUUCAAACCCUCAAAUCUAUCAAAGAUAACACAAACCAUGGGCGUUUUGUAGACUAAGGAGCAUGGAAAGGAUUAUCAUGCCCGAAUAUUCCAUCGGUGUACAGAAGUCAUGACUCUUGUACAGGUAAACAAUAAAAUUUUUUGAUUUAGAUUUGUCAGUGUCAUCAGUUGUCAUUGAUUGUCGUCACACUCUUCAAUGCUGCUAUAGUUACCAUCGUCGUCAUCAUCAUCAUCAUCAUUAACAUAAGCAUCAUCAUAAGCAUCAUCAUUUUCAUUGUCAUUAUCAUUGUUAUCAUUGAUAAUAGGUUGACAUAGAAAUUGAUGUCCUUGUAAUUUAACACACUCCAAUCCACAAAACAGAAUUGUAUUUUUAGAAUAUUUUUAUUUUUGUUUUCAGGAUCUUCCUGUUCCUGUAAUAGCCCAAGUAAAUGGUAAUUCUUUAAACUUAAUUUUAUAUAAUGAACAAUACUGCUUAAAUAGACUUUCAUAAGCAUAUUUUUAUUGACAGACUCAAAAGUUAGUACCACAGGAACACCAUUCAUUAGCUUUCACUUGAGUGAGGCCUUACUCUUAUUAAGGUGUUUGACCCACAGACUCAUAAAGUUAGAACCACCUUGUGCAAUAAACAGUACCACAGGGAUGUACUGCAGGUAAGAUUUAAUAUUUUAUUUAAUAUUUUAUUUAAGUAACGAUCCGGGUAAGACGGGAAGUAAUUUCUUUGUUAUGGCAAAAUAAGCUUUCCUGACCUAGGAAUGUUUUCAUUUUGACACAGAAAAUGCAUAGACCUACAAAAAGGCAGUUUACGAAAUAAAAUGUAUUUAAACUCCAUUUUUGUAGGAUUUUUUCUUGUGUUAAAAGAUUUCAACCAAUCAUAAGAGUUGCAAAGGGUAGCCAAGAAUAGUUUACAAUUUCACAAGUUCCUCACAAGGAUUUCUGUGUUACUUAGACUCAGACGAGAUUUUGUUAUGAAGAAGCUGGUUAGAGAACAAGGGAUUAAUAUACAUGCUGCUUUGCCAAGAUUUCGUAAAAAUUUGAUGUUUAAACCAAUCAGACCCAAGUUGUUCAAAAGAUGGAUAGCACUUUCCACUGGAUAAAUCACAAUCCAAAGGACAGGUGUUAGGAAAACCAAUUGCACUAUCCAGUGGAUAGUAAUUUAUGCGAUGGAUAGUGUUAUCCACCAUUUGAACAACUGGGGCCAGAAGUGUAGUCGAGACAAUUAAGUAAAGUUGGCACCUUUUUGCAUUCCAACGAGUUCAUUGCGUUUGGUUCUUUUCUUCUUACUGGACCAUUACUUAAAUGGUUUGCACUGUAUAUUGUGUAUUUAUUUAUUUAUUUAUUUACCGUAAAAUUCCGAAAACAAGCCCCUCUAUAUAUAAGCCCCUCCAAAUAUGAGCCCCCCAAACUGGUUAUGCAAAAAACUCUCCGUUAAAUCACCCCUCGAAAUAUAAGCCCCCCAGGGGCUUGUACUUGGAAAAUUACCCUCAAAUACAAAGUAAAACAAAGCAAAAACUGUAAAUUUUCCUCCAACUAUAAGGCUAGUCCAAUUGAUUUUGAGACACAAAUUUCCCUCCGUAGAUAAGCCCCUUCGAAUAUAAGCCCCUCCAGAAAUAAGCCCUUCAAAAAGGGCCUUUGAAAAAUAUAAGCCCCAGGGCUUAUUUUUGGAAUGUUACGGUAUUUAUUUUGUAUGUAUUUGUUUAUAUUUAAUAGGACUUGCCACAGCUGCUGGGUGUCAGUUGGUUGCCAGUUGUGAUAUUGCUAUAGCUUCUAAUAAAGCAAAGUUUGCUACACCUGGGUAAGAAUCAUAUCCAUUCCCAACCUAUAGAGGGUAACUAGAAAUUCCAAAGGUGGUCUAACGGUUCUUAAAACUCAAAAUGUUAAAAGAAAAAUUGAAGGUUAUCUGCAAUUUCCAUCUGGUGGGUGGGGGGGGGGUGGGUCAGGUGUGGUGGGGGAUAUAAAGGGUAUGAAUAAUUAUUUUCUUGAAUAAAACAUUGUAAGAAGUGUGCUAGUCUAUGUGUAGUUCUUGAAUACAAGAAAAACCUCAGUGAACUGGACUCUGUAGCACUAAAGAAUGUACAUACAUGUAGGCUUGACAUUAUAAUCCAGAGUUUAGAUGGUCAAAAAUACGAAUAUUCAUGACGCUUUCCCUCGACACUACUCAUUUCUAACAGAAGGUUGCCCAACAUUUAAAUUAAAUGACUUUUUAAAGAGCCCUCCAUCAAAGAAGCUCCUCCUUGGAAAAGCCCGUUUUCUGAGUAAAUAUUGUAAUCGCUUAUCGACAUGUUUAUCAUUAAUUUUUAUUCUAAUAUAUAUAUAUUUUUUUGCAGAGUCAACAUUGGUCUGUUUUGCUCCACUCCAGGCGUUGCACUGGCUCGUGCUGUGCCAAGAAAAGUUGCCAUGCAAAUGUUACUAACCGGUUAUCCAAUCAGCGCUGAUGGUAAAACACAUUGCUGCACUUUUAACAAAUUGAUAAUAGUCAUGUUUACACACCACCAGAAAAGCAAAUUUCCACAUAGUUGUUUUUGCCAUACAUUUAUCGUGGUGUUUGACAUACAGAAGUAAAAGCGGUCACACUUAAGUUCAUUCUGUUGACCUGUGCUAUGUUUAUCAUACCGAUUUUGCAGAGGCCCUAAAGCAUGGUCUCCUUAGCAAGGUCGUACCAGAGGAAAGUUUGGAUGAAGAAGUCAAUGCAAUCGCAGAGAAAAUUGCCUCCUCAAGCCAGCCUGUUGUUGCCAUGGGGAAAGCGGGUUUCUACUCCCAAGUGUCAAAGGCCAGAGACCAGGCUUAUGUGUAAGUACAUCCGUGAACACUAACAGUCAGCUUACCAUCGUGCAACUAGUUCAUUCACCGUGAUAAAAAAAAUUACAUUUCUUAAGAACCAUGUUUGAACGUGGACAUUCAGUCUUAAAUUUUGGGGCAAUUUGUGUGGGGAUGAAAAACAGAACUAGUGCGAUCUUGUAAUGUAGAUGUUAGAUAGAGCAAACGAUGAUGAUUAUGACGACGGAGAUGUUGAUGUUGAUGGUGAUGGUGAUGGGAAUCGCGAUAAUGAUGAUGAUGGUGAUGAUGAUUGAUGAAGACGACAGUGGUGGUGAUGUCGGUGUUGGUGAUAAUGGUAUGAUGAUGGUCAUGACGAUUGUGACAAUGUUAAUGACAAUAAUAAUGUGAACAUAUUUCUAUUUUUAAUUAAAGAAGAAGGAGAAUUCAAACACUCUCUUAAACGUACGUGUAACUUUGCAGGGAUAAUUCACUCUGACGGAACGCUUGCAUUCAAUACAUCAGCUCUUGAAUCCCCUCACCUUGCGAAACCUAGGCUUGUUUUUCGCUCUCCUACCAGCCCUGUACCCCCAGUUUCUUAAAAUAUAACAUUUUCCCCUUCUUUUACAGAGAGGCCGAGGCAGUGAUGGUUGAGAACCUUGAGCUACACGAUGGACAAGAAGGAAUCAAGGCUUUUCUGGAGAAACGCAAACCCACGUGGACAAACACGACUGACUGUCACUAGUUGGUCAUCAGCUUUGCCCCUGAAAUUUCAACAGAGGUUGCCUGCUGCUUCAACCCAAAGAACACAACGCUAGAAGAGUACAGCACAGUUGCUUUCUCUUAAAUGGCCACGCUUUAGCUAGGUUGUAGUUUAGAGACUCGAAACAAUUAGAAAUACCUUGUACGACACAAUAAAACAGUACUGGUCAGUUGCUUUCAUCUCAUUUUGGAUAGUCACGCUUUAAAAUUCCAUCCACAUUUACAGACUCAAAACAAUUAGAAAUAAGGAAUUAGGAUUCUGGUAGUCUUAGUAAAAUUACGUCAUUGUACAGUUGUCCUGUUAACCAUUGGCAGAGCGGCAAAUUUGAGCACCGGAAGUUGCGUAUUUUUUCAGUUCUUUCCGCGCGCUUUCGCGGUCUCGUUUUUCGUUCCGUUCUCCUCGAUUUAUCUGCGUAUUGUUAAAAUUGGAAGCCGUAGUAAACCAUGCAUGCAAGUGAAGUAAAAGUAAAGUGGACUCUGUGGAAAGCGCUGAAGUAAUUUGUAGUAUUAAUUAUUGUCAAAAAAAUAAAGACUAGUAGUAGCAAUAUUGUAAUUUCAAAAAUAAGUUGUCGAGAAAUUAAAAAGUCAGUGAUUUGGUUUUUUAUUUGUUUGUACCCUUAACAACUUUGCUAGGACCAAAAUAAGUUUUGUGUUUCCUUCAGUAGGGGUGAUGCCAAUUAAAAUUAUCAACAGGGCGACCAAUUUGUGCUGUUUGGUUGACCCUCCAACAACCCAAUUUGGUAUCAUUUUUUAUGUUAAAACUAUAAAUAAAAUGCCUCAUAAUUAGAACUACCUCUGCAGUGUAUAUUCCUUUUUGUGGAUUUUGGAAAU